CCCACGCGUAUUUUAAAGAGGGAGUUAAUAAUCGAACACACACACCACCGACAGACACCCAGUUCCAACUAGCAAUAAUAACGAGUUUAACGCUUGACGAGCGGCCCAUAAUAAUUAAAACAUCGGCUGGCUGUGUCGGUGUCGGUGCGCUGCUCUCGUUGCGUUGGUUGGAUGAGGCUAUUAUGGAUUUAUGACAUGCUCUCGUUCGACUGGCAAUAAAGACGAGUGAUUUUUCCUCGUGCGCCCGCCAGAUGCCUGCCUGCCCGGCAUUUACAUUAUAAUCGCGCGCACCACGGCAAAAGCAUAAAUUUUCGCAUGGUACACGGUCUGGGGCUGAAACACGUUAUUCAGCAAGCAUGCGGCUGCCUCCGCGGGUCCACUGACUCGCUAAAAAAGCAGCCAGCGAGUCUGGAUCGGCUUGCAGCGGAAAAUUCCACGUCUGCCGCCGGGAAUUGUCCUCCCUGGCAGGGCCGUAUGAAGGCCCCAUUUGGGCUGUGGUGCUGGGCCUCUUGGGCUUGGCGGGUGCCUUUGCCAACGGAGCUGUUUUGCUAGUCUUCACGCGAACAGCAGCGCUGCGGAACAGAUCAAACAGGCUAGUGAUGAAUCUGCUGUCCAUCAACCUGCUGUCAUGCUUUCUGCUUCCAACGUUGGGCGCCCUUGACCUUCUGCGGCCGAGCGCGAUUUCAGGGGCCGUCGGUGAAAGCUCGGCGGCCGGAAUACUGGCCAGCUCGGCCAUCGGCGUGCUCUGCGUGGCUGCUGACCAGUACAGGGCGGUGUUGCGACCUCUGACCUACCACGGCUUCAGACCCAUGCACGCCGCCCUCGCCUCGUGGUUCGCUGGAGUGGUCGCCGCGUCUGGAGCUCUGCCAGGUUUGAGCGAAGAGACGUCUUUAUGGAAGUUGGAAGGCUUUUCCCUCCCGCCAAGACUGUUCCGUCACUACUUCGCCAUCGCCUUUGUCAGCUUGUUCUUCAUCAUCCCCGUUUUGACCCUAAUGUUUCUCUACGGCUGCAUUUACGCUGAGGCCCACAGAAACAGCAAAAGGGCAAGACGCCACGUGGAUCCUUCCACCCCCAUCUCGCCACCGCUGCUGCCACAAAGCACAUCAAAGCCAAGACUCGUCAGCUCUCUCAAACACCGCAUUUCAAACGCCAGUUUAUUCAGUAUUUUAAAUUUUAGAUACCGCGAAGAAGCAAGGGCUGCACGCAUCUCCUUCCUUGUUGUGUUCACCUGCGUGGUGUGCUGGGCGCCGUACUGCGCCCUGCUGCUGCUGCGCACCCAGCUGGGCCUCAGCAUCCCUCCUCCGGCCCUGGCGGCCUCGCUGGCCCUUCUGUCCUGCACGUCGCUUGUCUCGCCGGCCCUGUUCGCCUUCCGCAGCCGACGGCUGCAGCGCGAGGUGGCUCGCAUGCUGUUGUGCCGCGGGCCGCAGUCCUACGGCGGCUGGAGGCGUGAGAUAACCGCCUCCUUGGCGCCCAGCUGCAAGGCGGCCGACGUCGAGAGCCCACCGGACACGUCGAGGAGUUCUUUUUCCAGCGGCACCAGCACGCAAGGCACCAGCGAAUUGGAAUGACUGCGGCUGUGGCUGCUCCACUUGCUGGGCAGGAGGGAGCGGACCUCCAGGCACAAGAAACGCCGCUCACCACCAGCGGAAACUUGCAAUCUUAGUGAUCUUGCAUUAACGGAAAUGCCUAAAACUAUUUCAUGCGCUGAAUGAAGUGGCCUUUUACAAAGAAAAGCCGAGAUAAAUUCCUAAUAAUUUGUAGAGGCAUACACACAAAGCUCUAUAGGAGUUGGCAAAAUUUUGUAAAAACAAGAAACUACUGUUUUUAAAGAGUGCAUUUCACACAUUCAGCGUGACUGCUUUUGACUUGAUAAACGUCUUCUUUUAAAAGAACCACAGUGGUUCGAUCAUCUAGUCUUUAAAUUUUACUUACAAAGAGUAUUUUGCGCUGUUCAGUCAAAGAGUCUGCUUGUCAGUCGCUGUCAUUUGUCACAAAGAUAUGCAAACCACGAUCAACGCCCUUUUAAAAUCAUCCUACUGUAAUUCAACAGCACUGAACAUUGCCUCAUGUACAGAAGUUUUCUCUCAGAAUGUAGGAUAACUUUUAAUUUAUUUUUGUACUCUCAAGUUCCUAUUGUAACAACUACUAAACCUCGCCCAAUCCUUUGUACUCACAGACAUUAAACAGUUUGCAUUCUGCAAGAAGCAGCUCAUUUUUUGACAGAGCAUUUUUGGAAAUACAUUUUCGUUAAAUACACAGCAGGGCGUUGGCACUGUACUGCAGUUCGCAGACCUGGAAAUAACGCUGCUUUUUAUACAUAUGUAAAGGAACAAAAUACAGAGCAAAAAUUGCACUCCUCGUGAGUUGUUUGAUCCUCUCAGCUUAUGCUGUUUUAACUUUUACCUUUAGUCCUAUGAUGUGUCAGUCAGAAGUGAAACCAAUCGCAGUUCACUUCAUUUAGUUGUAACAAUGUACUACUAAUAGUUAGUAUUAUACAUAUGUUUGAAAUUUUGUAAAUAAUAAAACCCAAACACUCCAACUA